CAGUGGCUCUGCAGAAUGACAGGGCUGCUCAGGGGCCAGCAUCAGCCGUUAAUGGUUUGUCUGUUUACGGCGCAAGCAGGCUCGGGAAGAGCUUUAAAUGCAUAUUUUCCUCUCGAAAUAUUGAAUUUGGUGUUUUCAUUUUCGGAGGCCUGGGGAAAAAUUAUGUUUCAUAUUUUCAAACCAAACAGGGCUUUUACAGAGGCGUAAACGCAGAGCCCUGGGAUCCAGCACACCUUCGCCUCUCGCCGCCUUCUCAAAGCUUUAAUGUUGCUUGUGUGCCACAAGCUCUGCUAGUGAAAAUAUUCACCUGAAAUGUAUUUAUCUUCCUUUGCUAAUUAACAGCAAAAUGACACAGAGAAACUUUAUAUUUUCCUCUGCGAGAACAGCCAUAGAGACUUCAUUUAUGGAGAGCUCUGAAUGAUCCCUAUUCAUGGCAAGCGAGUACUGUCUGCACCAAUAGAUCCUUGUAUGCAUGGCAGAGCAACAGGAGAAACCCCAUCGCAGACAGGGCUGGAGGAGCUCUCAGUCUCUGUUGAAGCACUUUGGGAGUAAAGAGGGAAUCUGGAUAAGGAAAGAGAAACUGGGCUUUGAAUUAAAGGUAGUUUGCCACAGCACUGCACUAGCACAAUGCAGAUUAAAUGGAUGAGUGCUCCAAGGGUGUGUGACUGGAAAGGCACCCUGUGCAGAACCAAACCCACCGACCUGGUGUUCAUCAUCGACAGCUCCCGCAGCGUGCGCCCGCACGAGUUUGAGAAGGUCAAAGUCUUCAUGUCCCGAGUGAUUGAGGGGCUGGACGUGGGCCCCAACUCCACUCGGGUGGGUGUCAUCAACUACGCCAGUGCUGUCAAGAACGAGUUCUCCCUCAAGACGUACCAAACCAAAGCCGCGCUCCUGCAGGCGGUCCGAAGGAUAGAGCCGCUCUCCACCGGGACUAUGACUGGCCUGGCUAUCCAGUUUGCCAUCAGCCGGGCUUUUAGUGACUCUGAAGGGGCCAGGGUGAGGUCUCCCAAUUUUAAUAAGGUGGCAAUCGUUGUGACCGACGGGCGUCCCCAGGACGGAGUGCGGGAUGUGGCAGCGAGGGCCAGAGCAGCCGGCAUCGAGAUCUUUGCCAUCGGGGUUGGCCGGGUGGACAUGCACACGCUGCGGCAAAUAGCCAGCCAGCCCCAGGAUGACCACGUGGACUAUGUGGAGAGCUACAGCGUCAUAGAGAAGCUGACCCACAAGUUUCAAGAAGCCUUCUGUGUGGUGUCAGACCUGUGCGCCACUGGAGACCAUGACUGUGAGCAGAUCUGCAUCAGCAGCCCAGGAGCAUACACUUGUGCCUGUAAAGAAGGUUUCACACUGAACAGCGAUGGGAAGACCUGCAGUGCUUGCAGCAGUGGGUCAGGAUCUGCUCUGGAUCUCGUUUUCCUCAUCGAUGGCUCCAAGAGUGUGCGGCCUGAGAACUUUGAGCUGGUGAAGAAAUUCAUCAACCAAAUAGUGGACUCGCUGGAGGUGUCGGACAAACAGGCUCAAGUUGGCCUGGUUCAGUACUCCAGUUCUGUCAGACAGGAGUUCCCACUGGGGCAGUUCAAGAACAAGAAGGACAUCAAAGCAGCAGUCAAGAAAAUGGCCUACAUGGAGAAAGGAACAAUGACGGGCCAGGCUCUGAAGUAUCUCAUUGACAGCUCCUUUUCCAUCAUCAAUGGAGCCAGGCCUGGGGUCCCCAAGGUGGGCAUAGUCUUCACUGAUGGACGGUCACAAGAUUACAUCACUGAUGCUGCUAAGAAAGCCAAAGACUUAGGCUUUAGGAUGUUUGCUGUGGGAGUUGGCAAUGCUGUCGAGGAUGAGCUGAGGGAAAUCGCUUCAGAACCAGUAGCUGAGCACUACUUCUACACAGCUGACUUCAGAACCAUCAGCAACAUCGGGAAGAAGCUACAAAUGAAAAUCUGCAUUGGUGAGAGUGGGGGAUUGGGGAGAACGGGGGGGUUUAGUCCCAGCAUGGAAAGGCUGGAAGCAGAAGAACAAAAAUGCCUCUUCAGAUGGAUGUUGGAAAAAGCAUUCUGUUCUCAGUGUACAGUUGGCAGGGUACAUGGAACCAUGAGACAUCAACAGUUCAGGUGCAUACCUGAACCACAGCCACCCCUGCACCUCAGCCAUCUCCUCCUCUCACAAACUGCUUUCUCCUUCCCUUUCCUCUACUUUCCUUCCCCUCUCUGCCUUAUUCAGAAAUUACGAAUUCAGAACGUACCAGGGCCUGAGAACAGCCAAAAAUACAUGAGGAAAAGAGAGAUGCUCUUAAAAGAGAACCUAGGGGUUGACUUAUUCUGGCUUAAUUUGAAGAUCAUCACGAAAUUGGACAUCUGAGCUGAAGCUCACCAGCCACCGGCUGCUUCUGCAGUCAAACAGGCACCCCAGGGGUGACACAUUUCAACUUGCAAUAAGCACCUAAUGUCUUCCACACGGCUUGUAGGUGUAUAAACUCAGGUAACAUGAACGCUGCGUUGCUCGCAUUUGGACAGCCUAGUGAAACAAAGGCUAAGGGAGCCAGGCAUGAGAAGAGGAGGUAAAGAAUAAGCUAACAUUUAAGGAGUGUUGACCUGUAAAUAACUUGAGUCUGAAAAUGGUUUUAAAAAGAACUACCAGUUAUCUUUCUGUUUGAAGGAAUCAGAUGCCUCCUAUGAAAUAUUGGCCCUUUGCAAUGCAUCUGCUCCAUCAGGCAGAUCAUAGCCAAUCCCAAACACCCCAGCUUCAUGCCAGGCACUGAAUACCUUGCAGCGCUUCUGACAGCUCUACUGCCAGGCCCACCAGGAAGCUGGCACUCAUUUGUCAAGUCCAGGUGCUCAGAGUGCUUUAUCCCAUAAGGCAAAUGUUGCCUUCCAGUUUCCAGCAGGAUUUAUUGCACCCAGCCCUGAUGGGGCUCAUUCAGUUUCCCAGUAGGGCUCUGCCAAGCUCAGCUCUAGCUCCCAUGAGUGUGUAGACCUGCUUG